AUGUCAACUGAAGAAAAUCAAUUCAAUGUUCAGGGAUAUAAUAUUGUUACUAUCUUGAAGAGAUUAGAAGCAGCAACUUCACGUCUUGAAGAUAUUACUAUUUUCCAAGAAGAAGUCAACAAGAAGAAAUUCGGUGUUGAACGUAUUGGAGCUAAGGCCGCUGAACAGGCUAUUAUUCCACCUGAAGGUACCGAUUCAACUGCAAAGAGUGUUCCUACAGAUUCUGAUUCUAAAUCAGUUGCUGCUGGUGGUGGUGGUGCCGCAGUUCCUGCUCCAGUUUCAACUCCAUCAGACGAAACUAUCUUGAAAACACUUGCUGAAUUUGUUGAGACCUCCAAGAAAGUGGAUGAUUCUACUGGAAAAGCUGCUCAAUUGUUUAAAGAUACUUUUGAUGAAGUCAGCAAUGCAAUUGCAAAGGCUGAUGCCAGUACCAAAGAGGCGUUGACUAACAUUUUGAAGGAAAAGAUUCUGAAGAUUUUUGAAUUGAAAGAAGCUACUAGAUCUAACUAUUUAAACGCUCUUGGAGAAGCUUCAAAUGUUAUUAUUUGGGUGUUUACCGACGAACCAAUUCAAUAUGUUGUCGACAUUAAAGACACUGCCGUCUAUUGGACCAAUAAGGUUAUCAAAGAAAACAAACCAUGGGUCCAACAACUUUUAUCUAUCUUUGAAAGUUUGAAAACUUAUGUGAAAGACUCUUAUGCUAAAGGUGGUCCAUUUUCUGAAGCUUAUGCCGCUGCCAAUCCUACUCCAGCUCCAGCAAAAUCUGCUCCUACUGGUGGUUCUGCCCCACCUCCACCACCUCCUCCUCCACCAGCCUCAGUCUUUGAAGCUACUCCAGCUACUCCUUCCCCAGCUGCUCCAUCUCCAGCUGCCUUGUUUCAAGAAAUUAACCAAGGUAGUGCUAUCACUAGUGGUUUGAAGAAAGUCUCACCUUCGGAAAUGACACACAAGAAUCCUGAAUUGAGAAAACAAGUUCCUCGUCCACCAAAGAAACCAAGCAGUUUAUCAGGUUCCAAUAGUGGUGCUUCUUCUACUGCUUCUGGAACUACUACUGCACAACCACCAAAAACACCUAAGAAGGAAUUGGUUGACAACAAGUGGCAAAUCUUGAACUAUAGUCAUGCAGACUCAAUUAUCACUAUUGAUGUUGAACCUCAACAAUCAGUUUUCAUCUCCAACUGUGAUACUGUCACUAUUCAAUUGAAAGGCAAGGCUAAUAACGUCUUUCUUUCAAACAAUAAGAAUGUCAGUCUUGUUAUUGAUUCAUUAAUUUCUGGUGUUGAUGUUGUGAAAGCAGUUAAAUUUGGUAUUCAAGUUCUUGGAUUGGUUCCAACCAUCAACAUUGACAAAUCCGAUGAAGGUACCAUUUACUUAUCUAAAGAGAGUGUUGAUCAUGACUGUCAAAUUGUUACAAGUAGUACCACUGCUUUGAAUAUUAACGUUCCAACGGGUGACAACGAUUACAAUGAAUUAGCUAUCCCAGAACAAAUCUUAAACAGAAUCGUUGAUGGCAAAUUGGUCAGUGAAAUUGUUGAACAUGCUGGUUAA